ACGAACCUUACUCCAACUCGUCCUCUUGUGAGUGCAAGCACUUCGGUCCAAAACCACGAGCCGAGCGUCUCUUGGCAAGCCUGCAAUGGGCUACGCACUGUUUGCUCCUUCUCAAGCUCUUGCGUUACGAUACAAGAGGGGGUUAAUAUAAGCAUAAUUCAGCGCUUCGUCAUCUCUCUCGCUUCGAAAUGUCUGGCAUUGGUGCUCUGCUGACGAGUCCCGUGGCGGGCAUCUAUGACGGCUUGCGCUACUCUCGCAGCUCCAAGUGGAACGUAGCGGCCAGCUACGAAGGUCUGGAUUCUCUCCACGCGCAAACGCGCUUCACAGUUGGUACGAUGCCUGUCUCUGAGGGCAGCACGGCAUCAUAUAUGUCGUUGGCAAAGGAGAAGUAUUCCGCAUCAAAAUUGACGAACACCCACAGCUUGUGUGGGAAGGCGAGAUGUGGAAAGGUAGGUUGCGAUACUGCCUGCACCUUGUAGCCAAGUACCUUUUCAAGUAACAAUGCAAGUUUCGAGGUCCUACAUUUCUGGCGAGUAGGCAAAAGAGCACAAGACCGGAAAAAGGUCUCUACUUUCG